GGUGUGGUAAUACGCGGGGCCCCUAAGACGGUGGAGGUUAGCGUCAUUUUUCCUCUGAUGGAUGCCCAUCGCUCGCCAGAGAAGCGAAUUUCGGCCGGAGCGUUCUUGGUGCGGUGAACCCCCUGUUCAUCUUUCGGUCCCCACUCUCCAGCACUCCUUUUCUUUCACCUCUCUCCCUCUCUGUCGCGCCCUUCAUCACCCCACCCCCCUUCUCCCCCAAAAGAAGAAACCCUAUUCUCUAUGUGUUGAUUCAAGACUCAACCCUUGGACCGUGCGAUGGCGAUCGCCGGUACGGCCCGGUGAGAUCUCAAGAUGUCGCGAGAAUCCCAUGGAAGGCCCGCCGCUCGAGAUCUCAUCUUCAAUGCUGCGGCGGGCGCCUCUGCAGGCUGUUCUCAGAUUCCAACUCUUUUCUUUCGGGGCGAUAGCAGCCACCUUUGUCUGCCCGUUGGAUGUGAUCAAGACGAGGUUUCAGGUCCAUGGCUUGCCCGAAAUGCCCCCUUCUGCUCAGCUGUCAUUAUUUCAAGCCUAGAACAGAUAAUAAAAAAUGAAGGCAUCAAAGGAUUGUAUCGUGGUCUCUCUCCAACAAUUGCUGCACUACUUCCAACCUGGGCGGUAUACUUCACUGUUUAUAAUCAGCUAAAAUACCUACUUCAGUCACAUGUAGAUGGAAACAAUCAGCUCUCAAUUGGUGCAAACAUUUUAGCUGCCUCUGGUGCUGGAGCUGCAACAGCUAUUGGGACCAAUCCAUUGUGGGUUGUUAAAACCAGACUUCAGACACAAGCACUGAGGCCUGGAGUGGUACCCUACAGAAGCAUGUUGUCUGCUUUAAGAAGAAUUGUGCAUGAAGAAGGUUUCCAGGGAUUAUACAGUGGCCUCCUUCCUUCUUUAGCGGGGGUUAGUCAUGUUGCCAUCCAAUUUCCAUCAUAUGAAAAGAUCAAGUAUUACUUGGCCAGAAAGGAUAAUACCACCGUGGAUGAGCUUGGUCCUGGAAGUGUUGUCAUUGCUUCUGCACUGUCUAAAGUAGUUGCCUCCACAAUGACAUAUCCUCAUGAGGUAAUACGGUCCAGGCUGCAAGAACAAGGCCAGGCACGUGAUGCCGCUAACAGGUACACAGGUGUGGUGGACUGUAUUAAGAAAGUAUUUCAAAAGGAAGGCAUCCCUGGAUUCUAUCAUGGCUGUGGCACCAAUUUGCUUAGAACUACCCCAACUGCAGUCAUUACCUUCACGAGUUAUGAGAUGAUUAAAAGAUUUUUACAUCAAAUGUUUCCAACCUGAGCUGAACCACUCAAAUAUCUACCUGAAACCUAAAGGUCACAUUGAUUCUGAGAGAGACAGAGCACUAAUCCAGGAGAAGAGAAUUGGACACAGAUCAUUGGUCAUCUCAAACCCAAUUGAUGAAAUGCUUACUUGCCAAACCAUGUCAUCCGGGGGAUUGACUGUUAAUAAUUCUCUCCAACCUGGCCGGAAUAUGCUGGUAUACAGAAGACAGCAUGAGAAUAUUGUGGUUCUUCACAAAAAAUGUAGCUGACUAUUUUAUUCUUUCUAACAUUUAGGAUAUGCAUAGAGCCAGUCAAGUGUGCUGCAGCUUUCAGAAUCUAUUUUUUUAACAUCAAUAAAAAUCAUAUAAUUAAUUUGUUGUUCUCUGA